AUGGUCGAGUACGCGUCCAUCAAUGGAGCCCAACUGGCUUAUAGAUUGGCCGGCCCAGAGAAUGCACCUCUAAUAAUCACUCUACAUGGUGGCCGGGGAUUUGGUGAUCAUCGGUCAGAUUUCAAGGCAUAUUUGCCUCUAUCCAAAACCUAUCGAUUACUCUCCUUUGACUUCCGAGGCCAUGGUCAAAGCUCACAAACGGAACCGUUUACAUUUGAUCAACUUGUCAAUGAUAUUGAAAGUAUAAGACAAUAUUUUGUUGGAGACGCCCCAUGUAUUGUUUGCGGUGGCAGCUUCGGUGGGUUUUUGGCCCAGCAGUAUGCAAUCACAUACCCAUCAAAUGUUUCUCAUUUGAUCCUAAGAGGCACUGCUGCUUCGUUUCACCAUGAAGAGGCAGCCAUCCGAACGCUGGAACAGAGAGCAUCCAGAGCUCCCGGUUUCUCUAUCAACUUCCUGCGCGACAAAGUCUUCGGAAGAUUCGACAGCGAUCUCGAAUUUCGACUCGUCAUGUAUGCAGCUGCCCCUUUGUACAGUGAAAAGUUUGACGCUGAGGCUGCACUCAAAAGCAACCUCGAAACGGUGUUCUAUGCCAAGUCUCACAAUGACCUUUAUUCUGAUGGCGAGAAAUUCUUCGAUUAUACGGAUCGUCUUCAAUAUAUUGUUGCCAAUACCCUCAUAGUGGUCGGUGAGCAGGAUUGGAUCUGCCCACCGGGACUGUCUAAGGAGAUUGCUUCCCAAAUUCCCUCUUCAAGGCUGGAAAUUAUUGCAGGGGCGAAUCAUAGCGUCCAUUUGGAAAAGAAUGCGGAAGUUAUUGAGUUGAUUCGCCAACAUCUGUCAUAG